UAUACAAAUAUAUAUUUUUUAAGAUAUAGCACUGAAUAGCCUUAAAGACUUGGACUACCAAAAACCCCCAUUAACUUUAGGCUUAAAAGAUUUUCAAAAUUAUGUUUCGAAACCAAUACGACAGCGAUGUGACCGUGUGGAGUCCACAGGGGCGUCUCUUCCAGGUGGAGUACGCCAUGGAGGCGGUCAAUCUGGGCACAACCAGCGUGGGCCUGAAGAGUGUCGACUUUGCGGUUGUUGUCGGCCUCUAUAAACCGUCCGCCGAGGUGGGCCUAACCCAUCCGAAGGUCAUGUCCAUCGACCGGCAUGUGGGCAUGUGCGUGGCGGGCAUUACGGCGGAUGCACGCAUCCUGGGCCAAUAUCUGCGCACGGAAUGCCUCAGCUACAGGCACUCGUACAACUCCAGUUAUCCCGUCUCCCGACUGGCCACAAAUCUGGGCAACAAAAUGCAGAUAAGUACACAGCGCUACGAUCGCCGCCCGAUCGGCGUGGGUCUCCUGCUGGCCGGCUACGAUGAGAAGGGCAGCCACAUAUACCAGAUAAUGCCCUCGGCCAAUGUGUUCAACUGCAAGGCCAUGGCCAUUGGGAAUCGUUCGCAGGGCGCUCGCACCUAUUUGGGGCGCUACGAGGCGGCGUUUCCGGACUGCACCAUGAACGAACUGAUCUGCCACGGCAUUCAGGCCGUUAGCUUUGCAGCUCCCCUGGACGAGGAGAUGAGCAUCUGUAUCGGAAUCGUGGGCAAGGACUAUCCGUUCAAGAUACUAUCGACUGACGAGAGUUUGUCAUAUCAGAAAACUUGCAGUGGUCUCGAUGAUCUUGAAAAUCUGGACAAGUCGGAACCACCUGAAAGUUCUUCUGCCCAUGAUUUUGAUCCGGAUCCAACUAAUUCACUUAAUACACACACUCCACCCUCAACUUCAAAGAAAAGGGAACUUUAAUUUUUCAAUAUUUUUUGUUCAUUUAUGAGAUUAGUAAUAAAGUAUUUUCAAAUUCUUCGUUUCAAAAA